AUGGACUACAAAAUGUAUCUCGCAGAGAAUGUCCUCAAUGAGAGGCGCACGGUCACUUACCGCGCUCUGAGCCGCGCCUUGAAAGUUCACGCCACCAAGGCCAAACAAAUGCUCUAUGACUUCCAUCGCAAUGAAAAUGCAAAGAAACCCCAAAGUGUCCACGCAACAUACGUCAUAUCCGGAUUCCAGAAGCCACCGGCAGCAGAGACCCCCGUAACGAAUGGCCAUGCGAAGGAUGAGGACGAGGUCAUGCAGAGCAGUCCCUAUCUGCCCAGCUCGAUGCCGAAUCAAGACGCCUCCUUUGAGUCGCCGCGUGUGAUGUCCAUUAUCAUUGCCCGGGAGGAAGAUUUGGAGGACGCGAAAUCAACCUUCCACUCCAUCUCGACAAUCCAUGUGUACAGCCUUCAACCUACUGUACUUCAAGAUCUCAAUACAUUGACAGAUGUGUGCCGGGAAAUUGCGACGGCACAUGCGCAGGACGAUCCUUUGGAAUGUGGUGGACAAUGGGGCAUGAUUCAGAAUCGCAAUGUUAAGCGACGGACUGGAGCGCGCCCUCCUCCCCCAGCCGCGAAGUCCAAGUCCGAACCGAUGGCCCCAAAAGCUAAGGCUGAACCGGCAGUCCCAACAAAGCGGCCCUUACAGAAGGAAGAGUCAACGCCCCAGCCAACUUCCGAAAGCGAAUCUCAAUCAUCAUCGAAACCUGCUGCAAAGACGGCGCCUAAGCGCGAGAAGAGUAAUCUUUUCAGUUCGUUCGCUAAGGCUAAACCUAAACAAAAAACAUCGACUCCCGCACAAUCAACGGAUCCAAGCCAGGAUGGUCAGUUCUACCGCGACUACGAAUCGUACGCUAGCUCACAUAUCACAGUUGUAUUGGAUGAUGCCUCCGAGGAAGAACAGGAGGAGCUUUUCCCAGAGUCCGGCGAUAAGUCGGCACCUGCUAACCGCGAGAGCAAGAAGGACCGCGAGGAUAAGCUCAAGCAGAUGAUGGAGGAUGAGGAUACCGAUGAUGAAGAAAUGCCGGAUGCCGACGAGGAGCCUGAACGAGAACCGACACCUGUCGAGCAACCCCCCCCCCCCAAACCCGCCGAGCUCAAGGAAGAAGUCACCGUACAAGGUGGGCGCCGCCGUGGAAAGCGACAAGUCAUGAAGAAGCGGACGGUGAAGGAUGAAGAGGGGUACCUUGUCACCCGAGAGGAACCUUCAUGGGAGUCAUUCUCCGAAGAUGAGCCAGCACCGCCUAAGAAGAAGCCGGCUGUCAACGUACCCAAGGGCAAAGGCCCGAAGGCUGGACAGGGGAACAUCAUGUCGUUCUUCGGAAAAAAGUAA